AUGAACAGCACCAGCCGGGACAUGAGCAGCCAUGAACAGCACCAGCCGGGACAUCGGACCAUGAGCAGCCAUGAACAGCUCCAGCCGGGACAUCGGACCAUGAGCAGCCAUGAACAGCACCAGCCGGGACAUCGGACCAUGAGCAGCCAUGAACAGCACCAGCCGGGACAUCGGACCAUGAGCAGCCAUGAACAGCACCAGCCGGGACAUCGGACCAUGAGCAGCCAUGAACAGCACCAGCCGGGACAUCGGACCAUGAGCAGCCAUGAACAGCACCAGCCGGGACAUCGGACCAUGAGCAGCCAUGAACAGCACCAGCCGGGACAUCGGACCAUGAGCAGCCAUGAACAGCACCAGCCGGGACAUCGGACCAUGAGCAGCCAUGAACAGCACCAGCCGGGACAUCGACCUGUCAUGAUAUCACGCUACAUUGAGCUUCCCACGAAUUACGGCAAUACGCUAGCGCACGCUAGGCCACCGCCACGAAAUUAA